AUGCCCGCACCCCCGUUACUGAAGCGGGAUUGGCAAAAUAAUCAUGUAUAUCUGGUGCAGUUUCCGCGAGCUGGAUGCAUCCCCAAUUUAUCAAUGUUCGCACUGAAACUGGAAACCUGGCUUCGAAUGGCAAAAAUUCCAUAUUCGAAUAUAAGCAACGAAUUUACCAAAUUUUCGGUCAAAAAGCAGAUUCCAUUCAUUGAACUGAACGGACGACAAAUACCGGACAGUAAUUUCUGCAUCGAACAUCUUACGCAGCAUUUCAAGGCUUGUCUUUUUUUCAUUGCUGGCAUUUCUGUUGAUCUCGAUGAAAGGCUAAAUGCACAUGAAAAAGCUGAAGCGCGAGCUUUCACAUACCUACUGGAGGAAUCAAUACGAUGGGCAGUGGCAUACAAUCGCGGAAGAGACAACAAAUUCUUUGCCACAGAGCAAGGCUUCCUCAGACAUUUGACUGGCGCCAAAAAAUUUUUCUUUCAGCACGUCUUUAGAGAACGAGUGCGCAAAAAGGUAUGUUUUCGGAAUGUUUGGAAAUUUGUAAUUUUUCUUCAAAGUUUAUUUUAUAAGUAA